GGAUGGUCAGUUUUACGAGGGUAUGUUUGGCAGCAUGAGUGAAGGAUGCUUUGUUGCAAAAUAGGAAGCCAAUUCUAGAUUUAACUUUGGAUUGGAGAUGUGUUCUUAUGUGUGUGCGUGUGUAAGUGUUUGUGUACAUCAUCGCCUCACACACGUUGUCUUAAGGGCUGGAAGAUUCUCUCCUCCAGGUGUUACUUCUUCUCCACUGAGGAGGUGCUGAAGCAGCGGUCGGGUCGACUGUGUUCAACAGGGCGGAGACCUGGUGGUCAUUAGUCCAGAGGAACAGGUAGAAAGAGCCCAGUGCUGUGAAUGUGAGGGGAGACAGUGUGUGCCUCCACCAUCAGAGAGACCAACCCUUCUCGGAGCUGGAGAAGAGACCUGCAGCAUCAUGUCCGGAUGGAUCUGUGGGAGCUCAGCGCUCAUAUAGUCAGCAUUGCCAUAUAGACACACGCAUGCACAGAGCACAUUUAUAUGUAACCUUAAAAUCCUCCAUUAAAAUAGCAUUAAUACACGAUAGGGUGUGAUCUCAUUCGCGUUCUUCAUGUAUAAAAUGAGUAGGCCUCUGACUACAGCAUCAUCUUCGUCUCCUCGCCAACACGUCCUAAAAAACAAGUGCAGUGAUUGGUUACUGCUUGUUGUUGUUCUACUGCCAGCUCUGCGUGCGAGACGAGGCGUAUUCAUUAGUUGAUUCAGUUGCAAAACGUUUUGUCUGUUGAUAAACGUUUUGCAACGAAAACUAGAGUUUAUAUUGGACACAUUUAGGCAGGCCCCUCCCCGUUUCGUCCCGUUUCUGUUCCAUUUUUUCUGUUUGCUUCCGUUUGCUUCCGAGAGUAAACGGUUUCCGUUUUGCAACAGACAAAACGUUUUAGAACCGAACCUGACUAAUGAAUACACCCCAGCUGUGUUGACAACACUGACCAUCGUCGAACAACGAAGGCGAGUUUCACAAAAUAACAUAUUAUUUAGCUUGUUGCAACGAUUAACAAUAUUAUAUUGACAAUGAAUAACCGCAUUUUUAGUCUUUACAUGUAUUUGAACGUCUUGAUUCAUCUUCAUGGUAUAGUCAGCUGUUGUUGUUGCUAGCUAGCGAUAAUUUCGUAGCUAACGUUAGCUAGCUAGCUACCCAAAUGGUUCAUCCAGCUGCAACUAAUUAUUUUGAUGUUUCCAUCUAGCUUACUAUCAAAUCGAGACAAAUGUAGCAAUGUAUGAGGGACCAUCUCUAUUUUUGACCGUUUUCAAGGGCUGUCAAUCUAAAUGUAAAGUGCAGUUUUUUUUUCUUCCGGCAGUGGAACGUCUGUUACGUAACGUAAUUUGUUGCACUGUCAACACAGUUUGUACUUGCAAGGUAUGGUGGCUCGGCGAGAUCUCGAGCUCUCCAACGUAGCCACAACGAAAACGAAGUAGCUUUGUGUUCACCGCCAAAUCGGUUAUUAUUAGACAGUUGGUUGCAUUUUUAAAGCCUGUAACAGUGCAUGUCAAUAUCUCGUGGUCCAUUCUCGUUGUGGCUGCUGUCUGACUUGUUAUUUGAUAACCUGAUAAACCUAGCCAGUCCUGUUGUUUAGUUUGACAUUUUGAGUCGUUACUUCAUUGCUACCCACAUUGUCUAAUUAACUUUAUUCUUAUCACAAUGGCCUAGGUGCAUUGGGAAAGGAUAGCCAGCUAGCUUGUUAACAAUGGCAACCAUGCGUCGUCCAAGGUACUCUCUCCGAGACUCUCUGUACUGGGACGAGACUGAGUGCCUGACAUACUAUGGGAUGCUCUCUCUACACGAGAUGUUUGAAGUUGUCGGUUCUCAACUGACAGAGACAGACGUUGAGGUGCUGUCGUUCCUCUUGGAUGAGACCUAUCCGGCUGGAGGGCACCCCUUGGACCCAGCUGGCUGGACCAGCGAGCCCGGUGAGGAAGACCCUGAGGCCAGUAAAGGAGUCUCCCCCAGCCCAGUGCUCCUGGAGGCCUGGCGGCGGUUACAGCCCAAGGUUCCUGCUUUGGCCUGCCCUACCGCUGCCCGCCACAAGCCCAAGAGUGGGCUAGAACUGCUGCUGGAGCUGGAGAGACGUGGGUACCUCAGUGAGGGUAACCUGGAGCCCCUGUUGCAGCUGCUGCGAGUCCUGACGCGACACGACCUCCUGCCUUUGGUGUCCCGCAAGAAAAGGAGGACAGUAUCACCAGAACGUUUCAGAGUGAACUACGGGACAGAGGACAAAAGACAGGUGUGCACAUCUGGACUGACUGACCCCUGUGCACAGACAGAAUCACAUGACGAACACGCCACCCAGCAAUGGAGGGGGGGUGUUGACUCUGCCAGGCCAACGCCCGCCCCCCUACGGAAGAAGAGGGGUAAAGGCCGCCGCUGGACCAGCAAGCCCACCUCCCACAGGAGAAGAACGGGCAUCCCUGAAACUCCUCCCCCACCUAUACCUGAGAAAGUGACCUGCGACAUUCGUCUGCGUGUGCGAGCAGAAUACUGGGAGCAUGAGUCGGCUCUGCGCGGCAGCGUCUCCUCGGACAAGCAGCAGCCCCUGGAGCGUCAGUUUGAGCUGUUCAGUCGUGCCACCUCCGUGCUGCGCGCCCGCGACCUGGGCUCCAUCAUCUGCGACAUCAAGUUCUCUGAGCUGGACAACCUGGAGGCCUUCUGGGGGGACUAUCUGAGUGGAGCGCUGCUAGAGGCCCUGAAGGGGGUGUUCAUCACAGACUCUCUGCGGAGGGCGGCGGGGAGUGAGGGGGUCCGGCUGCUGAUCAGUGUGGACCAGGAUGACUACGAGGAGGGUCGCAGACUGCUGCUGGACGCACAGGAACAACAGGCCGGCUGCUGGGGACGAGACAGACCCAACCUGAGAAAGCUGGUUAUGGACGUUCGGCUCUGACAGACAGACAGGCAGCUGUGCGAGGUCAUGAGCCCAAGGAUAGAGGAAUGAAAAGGAGAAUAAAAUAUGAAGAGGAACAUUUUUCUUUUUUCUCUCCUUUUUAAGUCUCUCAUGCUGAGAAUAGAGGAUACAGCCACUCCUAGGUCAGGGGAAUGAAUAGUCCCCAGGGAAAACAGCCAAACUUGGAGCAAAGGCAAACUGGACUAAAAGACUUGACACACUGUUCUGUUUGGAAUUGAUAACACAAGUUGUACUGAGCCUAGAUGCCCUCACGGCACUGAGGAAGAGACUGCCUUUGUUACACACACACACACACACACUACCACUGUAUCUAACAUAAACACUCUUAAAAUCAUCCACACGAUGAACCAUCAGCGCUGCCUGUAAGACUCAUUGAAGCCAAGAGACAUUUCUUGCUAACAGUGACAGCCCAGAUACCAACUAGACUGUGCGCUAAUGCUGAGCAUCUCUGGUUAUGUUUGAGGAGCGUGUGAGAUGCCCUGCAAGGCGAACUUCACCCAUCUUAAUAUUAGUUUGUGUUUCCAUUGAAAUGUAUGAUUUUGAAAAGAUGAGCGAGACUGCAGCUCUCAGACACCGAGGGAGAGAUGAUGGGGAAAUUACUAAAGAUUAUGUUUUGAACUUUUGGGAGAGAUUUAGAAAUAGAUAGCGAAGGGAAGACUACCUGAGGACAGUGUAGUGGACAAAUAGCUGGUCCUUCGAGAACUCCAGUCCACACACACACACCAUGAUCACAAGCCACUGGUAGUCCCAUCAUGCUAACCCAGGGCCUGAUAGCUGUGGUCAGUGGCCAUCUCAUCUCAGAUGCCAGUAGAUGAUAGGAGGGAUUACCUCUCAUCCUCAGCCAACCAUGGAGAACUCAUCACCACAAGUUGUUGAACAGCAGCUGGGAAACACACGACUAGGCUUGUGCUCACCCCGGUUUCCAGCAAGGCAAGGCCACUGCCUUUCCCAUUGGAACUGAAGCACAGGACAGUGCUUCAGUCAAUAAAACUGAUGUAGAGGAGAUCAAUAUCAGAAGGAUACAUCCUAGUUCCACUCAGCCCUGACUUGUAGGCCCCACUAGUGGCUCACAGAGUGCUGUCUGUCUCUAGUCUAGUCACCCUGGUGGAACUAAUGCCUGAACUCCUCUGAGUGGGAUCAAUAACCCCCUCUGUCUCUCCACCACCACCAAGGGAGGAGAAAGAGUAAGGGGGAGAGGUAGGAGAAGGGGAAAGAGAGGAAGAGGGAGAAGGAUCCCCACCUCCAUCCCGCCUUUCAGCUCCUGGACAGCCACCUCAUCCUCUGGAGGAUGUGUCCCCUGAUACAACCAGGCUGCCUGGUCUGCUACUACAGCACUGUGUCUGGUUCACACAGCCCUAUGGGACCAGGGAUGCAGGACUAGGGAGGCACUCAGGAAAACCUUAGUAGUGUUUGCUUUUUCUGUGUUUUGAUAUAUGGAUUUGUUAGUGUAGCUUUGUAUUGUCCAUAAGAGAAAAUAACAAAAAUACUGUGUGUUCUAGUUCAUUAACUUAGGGUGAACUUUUGUUUAAGUAUCUGGAUAUUUUUAUUUAGGCACUGCAAAAGUGCUGUAUAUUAGUUUAAUAUAUCAGUGGAAAGUUGGAAUUAUUUCAAAUAAAAAUAAAUGAUUUAUCAAA